GACACUUGGUAAUUAGACUCAUUCCUAAGUUUGAGCAGGGCUGGGGCAAUAGAUAUUACCCAUGGGGAUUGGGUUUUCUGACCUAGCUUCCUUAGGUGUCUUUUAGGAGAUGUGUAGCCUGUUUUACUUUCCCAGAAGUCUGGGGCUAUAAAGCACAAUAUAGAUGAUACUGAAUUUCUAAGGCUUUUAGUCAGACCCUGAGAAAUGAGUGGGCCCAUUUUUAAAGCUGUAAGGAUUUUCUAUGCUCACCCCAGCUCUGAGAAAAGAUAGUUUUUUUAUAUUUAUUAUAGAUGCUUAAACUCUUUGCUUAGGCUGUCCUCAACUAACUCAUGACUUACCCAUUUAUUCUAGUCUAAGUUCUUCCAUGAGUCCUGUUAGUUUCCUUCCAUCCCAGCCUACUUCUUCCUCUGUCUGAUUGGUGAAAUCUUCUUUGCAUCUGACUCAUUUUCCCAUAAUUGUCUCUUCCUGGAAGUCCUAUCUUCCUUAUCCGCCUUUGCUAUAGGCCAUUAGUUUUUUUUUUUUUUUCCUUAAAACCAAUCAGAAGGUGAGAAAGGGAGUGUUUAGAAAAUAUGAUGUAGCCAUAUGAAUAACAAUACCAAAGUCUGUCUGCAUUCAACUCUCUGUUGCACAGAAAUUAGCAUUUGAAUAGUACAAAGAAACUCUUCACACAGGAGCACAAAAAAAAUCACCUCAACAUACUGUCAUUCUGGAAACUUUUUUGUUUUUGUUUUUUUGAGACCAAGUUUCUCUGUGUAGCCCUGACUGUCCUGGAACUAGCUCUGUAGAUCAGGCUGGCUUUGACCUCACAGAGAUCUGCCUGCCUCUGCCUCUGCUUUUUUUUUUUUUUUUUUUUGGUUUUCUGAGACAGGGUUUCUCUGUGUAGCCGUGGCUGCCCUGGAACUCACUUUGUAGACCAGGCUGGCCUGGCACUCAGAAAUCUGCCUGCCUCUGCCUCCCGAAUGCUGAGAUUAAAGGCAUACGCCACCAUGCCCGGCUCCUGCCUCUGCUUCUUUAGUGUUAGGAUAAUGAUAAUCAGUGAUUAGGUGUUAGCUCCCAUCCUUCAUGAUUUCUGAUUUUAAAGGCUAAAGCUGGUUUCUCAAAGGAUUUAUUGGCUCUUUCUCAAGGCAGCAGAGAUUCCUCCCAGAGAAUGGAACAUUCCUUGGGCCCCAGUGCAGACUCCUUGGCCUCAGAGUCAGCCAUCCUAUUUCACUUGCCACUGGGGCUUCUCCAUUCUGAUGUCCAGGGAAGAGGAUUGCCGUCACUUGCAUGAUCAAGAGGAUAACAUUCUGAAGUCUAAGGAUUUUUUGAGAAUACUUUGUAGGGGGUCUCUGUUAGGAGGAGGCUUCUUUCCGUCCAUGUGGUUAAAUAGGCAUGGGAGACAAAAAGGCCAUAUUUGGAAUCUGUAUAAAUAAAUACUGACCCCCCCAUCCCCACUCUAGGACAGUUCAAGGCCUAAAAUGAUAGCUUUCAGCUUGGCUAGUUGAGUAGCAGAGUUUGGGGCUAUUGAGCCUGAUUCCGGCACUUUGAAGUCAGCGACUAUUGCAUAUCCUGCAUGUCAGAUUAAUUUUUCAUUCAUGAAGGAACUACCCUCUGAAUAGAAGACCAAGUUAGGGUUUUCCACGGGCUGAUCUGAGAGAUCAGGAUGGGCUACUAUACAAUUAGUUGUCCAUAGGGACCCCCUGAAAGGAGGAGGAGAGAUUUUCCUUCUGUUUCUAGCAGAUAGAUGGUUCAGUUCAGACUUUGACAGGUCUUGAAUGCAAUUUCAGCUCCCUCCAUCAUGAGGGCCUCAUAUUUAAGGAACCUAUUGUGAAUUAGAUUUACAGUGGUUCUCAACCUGGGCUUGUUACCUCUUUCUGGUCGAAGGACCCUUUCGCAGGUGUAGCCUAAAAUCAUAGGAAAACACAGAUAUUUAUGUAAUAAUUUACAACAAUAGUAAAAAUUAGUUAUAAAGUAACAGUGAAAACAGUUAUAUGGUUGUGGGGGUCAUCAUAACACAGGGAACUCUAUUAAAGGUUCACAACAUUAGGAAAGUUGAGAAACAUUGAAUUAGAAGUUUGUCUUCUAAUUUGGAAUGAUCCAGUGUAAUCACGCAUGUGAACUGUGAGGGGGCAACCAACGGUAGUCUUUUGAGAUUCAGGAAUCAGAAGUCUGACAGUAACAACUGCUCACAGACUUCCAGAUUGAUCAGCCCAUGGCUACCUGAUGUAAUUCCUUAGCUAUCUAUAAGACUUGAGGAAAUGAACAAUGCAUUGGGUAACUACACCAGAGCUGUUCCCUGUCACUCAGCUAUACAGGUCUUUUCUCUGGAUAUGAGGUUUCUUUGAUCAUCUCACAUAGAAGAUCAUCUACAUAUUGGAUCAAGGUAGUCUUCAGAUAUGUUCAUCCUAUCAUUCUGGGGAAAGAGCUAAGACAAAUAAGGAAGACUGUCUCAAAAUGGCUGCAAGAGAACAGUUAAAGUAAUUUGUCCUGCUCUGCAUGUGAGAUCUUCAAAAGCAAAUAAAAACUGGUUAUUGGAUGACUUGAGGUAUUUAAGAAACUGUCUUCAAGAUAUUAAGACUGAUAUGAGAUAUUAAGAAAUGCUUGUGGUGGUGGCAGCACAGGCUUUUAACCCUAGCCCUCAAGGGGCAGAGGCAGUCUGAAUUUGAGACCAGCCUGGUCUAACUAGUGAGUUCCAGCACUGCCAGGGCUACACAGAGAAACCCUGUCUUGGAGAACAAACAAACAAACAAAGAUCUAGCCUUAACCCAAGAGGAUUUUUAGGGGAAUCUGGCUAAGGAGAGUAUGAGAAUUAGGAACAACUAGAUGGGGUGGAGCCACUCUGUAACUGAGCAUACAGAAACCUUGGACUGAUUUAUUUGUUAGAACCUAUUCUAACACCAAGAAUGGGAGGUUCUGUGUGCUGGAACAUUCAGCCAAUCAUCCUUAUUUCAUUAGCCUUUGAAUUAUGUCCCUCUCUGACUUCAGGCUUCAGGAGACAUUGUCUCUGAUCUAGAAAAUAGGCAGGAUCUUUAAGAUACAUAACUACAAAAGUUGCCAUUUCAGUCUUCUCUAUAGUUUGUACUUCCAUCUGUCUAUGCUGCAGCCUUGAUCAUUGCUUUCCAUUGAAACAAGCAGUAGUGUUCUGCCCUGGAGGGAUAGACCUUAAGUCUAGACAAAAAGUUUCUUUCUAAUAGAGGAGUCAGGCAGGGUAUAAGGAACUAUUAAAAAGAAAUGACAAAUGUGGAGUUCUCCUGAACAUGCAAACAGUUGAGUGAAAUAUCACUUAAGGGGCUGGUCUAAUGCACCUGGAAUUGUUGUAAAACUUCAGGACCACGGAAAAAAGGAAAGGUACAGUGCUAAGAAUCAGUCAUGAAUCUAAUCUUAUGUUUCUCACAGUCAGAAACUCCUUAAGAUUGUUGAUCACAAUAGAAGCCAGUAUGAAACCCCUCUGCCUGCCAGACCUGUCAUUGUGGGGAAUAAAGGUCAACUAGGCUGGAAGGCACUGAUGUUGCCAGUGAUUUUCCUUAUAGAUAGGACAGGGUUUGAGAGGUCUCUGAGAGCAUUCCCAACAAGAAGUGGCCUUCUUGUGAAGCAAGCCCUAGGCUUAGACUUGUUUCAGGAGUUGGGGGGACAUUUAUUUAGUAGGCUCUUGUAGUGAUCACUAACUCCCCAUGAUACCCUUUCCUUUCAUGGCUGUAUCAUAAAAAGACUGAGUUUAUGCCCUGGACAAAUAAAAAUCAAAAAGCCUGCUAGUGUUUUGUCUGGGGCUGCUAUCAGUGUCUGGAGCUUUUUAUGAAUGUCUGAAGUUGGCUAAGUUAAGAGAGUGGCUUUUAGGAUUACUUUGUCUAGUGACUCAGGGUAUGUAGAAGCUUUCUUGUCUUCUUGAAGUAUAUAACAGGGACUAAUAAAGAGUUUAGACAGUAGCAGCCUUCUUAAGGCUCUCUAUCACACAGUAAAGAAUGUCAUCUCCAUUCCUCAUGUGGUCAUUCAGAUUACAGAGAUGGGCUAGCCUUAUCCCCCAUAGGAAAGUCCUUGUCCACUUUAGUCCUCUGGGCAGUGACAAUGUCAUUGCUGCUUAAACAGCUCAAUCUAACAUUCUCCUCUUUCCCAAAAGGGUUAACAUUUGUUUUUAAUAGCAUCAUUACAUCUCUCCAACAUAAUUCAUGUAUCUGCUUCAGUAGCUCAGUAGAUUGAUCACACUGUUCUGGACCCUCCAUAUAACUCCCCGGUUCUUCCUUACUCUGUGUCAUUCAGUUCUGCCAGGGUAAAGGGGGAAUGGGCAAACAUAACUCUUCUCUCUCUCCUGAUUCUUACCUAAGAGAAAAACAUCCCUUUUGGGUAUUAGGAUAGUGCAUACAUAAUUAUUUUGUUUCUUUUGGGGGUAAGAAUUGCAUGGAUAUGAAGGUUAUUGGGGGUUUAGGCUCCCAAGAGAUCAGAAUUGAUCCUUGUUUGUUGUUGUUGUUUUGUUUUGUUUUUGUUUUUGUUUUUUCUAGUAGAGUUUUCUUGGGUGAAGGUCUUUCUUCUAAUUUCUCUGGCUCUUCAUAUCAUCUUUAAAACUCUAUAGCUACCUAUAGUCCACUAAUGUGGAACCAUCAGAAAGUAUUGCAGAGACUCUCCUCGGCUACUGGUGGAUCAAAAUAAGCUCUAAUUAAAUUACUCCCAGAGAGGGUUCUUGUGGAAUGCUUUAUGUACCAUAAAGGUAGUCUCCAGAUUAGGCCCCUCAAAUCUGGUUCUCAGAUUUUAACUUACUCCACCUCCAUUAUUUCAGGUGUACAAUAGUAAGAGGAACUAGCUAUACUCUAGUCCCAACUCUCUGGAAGGGUAGCAGUUAGAAUCCAGAUUAUGUAACAGUCCAAUAAGUUUUUAACUGUCCUAAUCAUGGCUCCUUAUAUUCUGACCUAGGAGAGGGGAGCGAAGAGCCCAAGAAGAGCCUGUUUGUAGUCAGACUAGGAAUUACUGAAGCGGACUCCACGGAGACAUAGUGACUACACAGCAGUGAUGGAAGCACUCCAAGCCAUGAAAGCCGUGUGUUCCAACAUUAAUGAGGCCAAGAGACAGAUGGAGAAACUGGAAGUUUUAGAAGAGUGGCAGGCACACAUUGAAGGCUGGGAGGGGUCCAACAUUACUGACACCUGUACUGAGAUGCUGAUGUGUGGAGUCCUAAUGAAAAUUUCUUCCGGAAAUAUUCAAGAACGAGUGUUUUUUCUUUUUGAUAAUCUUUUAGUAUACUGCAAAAGAAAACACAGACGGCUGAAGAAUAGUAAGGCAUCCACAGAUGGGUAUCGGUAUGUCUUUCGAGGGCGGAUCAAUACUGAGGUGAUGGAAGUGGAAAAUGUGGAUGACGGCACAGCUGAUUUUCACAGCAGUGGGCAUAUUGUUGUGAAUGGGUGGAAGAUACACAACACAGCAAAAAAUAAAUGGUUUGUAUGCAUGGCUAAAAGCCCUGAAGAAAAGCAUGAGUGGUUUGAAGCUAUUUUGAAAGAAAGAGAACGUCGGAAAGGGUUAAAACUAGGAAUGGAACAAGACACCUGGGUAAUGAUCUCUGAGCAGGGUGAGAAAUUGUAUAAAAUGAUGUGCAAACAGGGAAAUCUGAUCAAAGACAGAAAAAGAAAACUGACCACAUUUCCUAAGUGCUUCCUGGGAAGUGAAUUUGUCUCAUGGCUAUUGGAAAUUGGAGAGAUUCACAGGCCCGAAGAAGGUGUUCACUUAGGACAAGCGCUGUUAGAGAAUGGGAUCAUCCACCAUGUUACCGAUAAGCACCAGUUCAAACCGGAGCAAAUGCUAUACCGAUUCCGUUAUGACGAUGGUACAUUUUACCCCAGGAGUGAGAUGCAGGACGUGAUUUCUAAGGGUGUAAGGCUCUACUGUCGUCUUCAUAGUCUGUUUACCCCAGUGGUCAGAGAUAAAGAUUACCAUUUAAGAACUUACAAAUCUGUUGUCAUGGCCAACAAAUUGAUAGACUGGUUAAUUGCACAGGGUGAUUGCCGUACCAGGGAAGAGGCAAUGAUAUUUGCUGUUGGGCUCUGUGACAAUGGAUUUAUGCAUCACGUCCUAGAAAAAAGUGAAUUCAAAGAUGAGCCUCUACUUUUCCGCUUUUUUGCUGAUGAGGAAAUGGAAGGAUCAAAUAUGAAGCAUAGGCUUAUGAAACAUGACUUGAAGGUUGUGGAGAAUGUCAUAGCUAAGUCACUGUUGAUUAAAUCCAACGAAGGCAGCUAUGGCUUUGGCCUAGAAGACAAAAACAAAGUUCCAAUAAUAAAAUUAGUGGAAAAGGGGUCGAAUGCCGAGAUGGCUGGCAUGGAAGUUGGGAAGAAGAUAUUUGCCAUUAAUGGUGACCUUGUUUUUCUGAGACCUUUUCCUGAAGUCGAUUGCUUCCUGAAAUCGUGCUUAAACAGCAGAAAGCCACUGAGAGUCCUCGUGAGCACAAAGCCAAGAGAGACCGUUAAGAUUCCAGAUUCUGCAGACGGGCUUGGUUUCCAGAUCAGAGGCUUUGGACCUUCAGUUGUGCAUGCGGUGGGAAGAGGUACUGUGGCUGCAGCAGCUGGCCUUCAUCCAGGACAGUGUAUUAUCAAAGUGAAUGGAAUCAAUGUCAGCAAAGAGACACAUGCCAGUGUCAUCGCACAUGUCACAGCCUGCCGGAAAUACAAACGGCCAAUGAAGCAAGAUUCCAUACAGUGGGUCUACGACAGUCUUGAAAGUGCUCAGGAAGACAUUCAGAAGUCCCACUCAAAGCCCCCUGGAGACGGGGCUGGAGAUGCUUUUGAGUGCAAAGUAGAAGAUGUCAUUGACAAGUUCAACACCAUGGCUAUUAUUGAUGGCAAGAAGGAGCAUGUGAGUCUGACGGUGGACAACGUCCACCUCGAGUAUGGGGUUGUAUAUGAGUAUGAUAGCACGGCGGGCACAAAGUGCAAUGUGGUGGAGAAGAUGGUGGAGCCCAAAGGGUUCUUCAGCCUAACUGCCAAGAUUCUGGAAGCCCUAGCAAAAAGUGACGAACAUUUUGUCCAAAACUGCACCAGCCUUAAUUCUCUGAAUGAAGUGAUCGCCACUGAUCUUCAGAGUAAAUUCACCAGCAUGUGCAGUGAGAGAAUCGAACAUGUGUGUCACAGAAUAUCCAGCUAUGGGAGGUUCUCUCGGGUGCUGAAGAACAGAGCCUGGCCCACCUUUAAGCAGGCCAAACCUAAGAUCUCCCCACUGCACAGCAGUGAUUUCUGCCCAACCAACUGCCACGUCAAUGUGAUGGAAGUUUCUUAUCCGAAAACAUCAACUUCCCUGGGGAGUGCCUUCGGUGUGCAGCUAGAUAGCAGAAAACAUAAUUCUCACGAUAAAGAAAAUAAAUCUGUCGAGCCAGGGAAACUGAGCCCCAUGGUGUAUAUUCAGCACACAAUCACAACCAUGGCAGCGCCUUCGGGCCUGUCACUGGGACACAAGGAUGGGCAUGGCCUCCAGUAUUUGCUGAAAGAAGAAGACUUAGAAACUCAAGAUAUCUAUCACAAACUUCUGGGCAAGCUGCAGACUGCACUGAAGGAGGUAGAGAUGAGCGUUUGUCAAAUUGAUGACCUUCUGUCUUCAAUAACAUAUUCUCCUAAAUUGGAACGUAAGACAACAGAGUGUGUGACACCAAUGGACAGUGACAACGAGAAGGGAGAGAGAAAUAGCAAACGUGUCUGUUUUAAUGUAGCAGGGGAUGAGCAAGAGGAUUCAGGCCAUGAUACAGUCAGCAACAGAGACUCUUACAGUGGAAUACCAACCUGGGCAAGCAUGUUCUUAAAGCAACAUAAGGCUCUUUUUUGCAGUGACUGCAACAGCAACAGGAAUUCCAUUGCUUCCUUCACGAGUAUCUGCAGCAGCCAGUGCAGUUCCUACUUCCACAGUGAUGAGAUGGACUCAGGUGAUGAGCUUCCUAUCAGUGUCCGGAUAUCUCAUGAUAAACAAGACAAGAUCCACACUUGCCUGGAACAGCUCUUCAGCCAGAUUGAUUCAAUAAUCAACCUCUUGAAAGGACAAGCUGUUAUAAGAGCCUUUGAGCAGACCAAGUAUCUCACACCGGGUCGAGGAUUGCAAGAAUUCCAACAGGAAAUGGAGGCAAAGCUGAGUUGCCCCAGGAGGUUGCGGCUCCAUCUCAAGCAGGACCCCUGGAAUCUUCCCAGCAGCAUCCAGGCGCUUGCACAGAGCAUCAGAAAACAUGCUGAAGAAGUGAAGUGCCGCAUACUACUGGCUCUCCUUGAAUACUCAGACAGUGAAACCCAACUCCGGAGAGACAUGGUUUUCUGUCAAAGUCUUGUGGCCACUGUCUGUGCCUUCUCUGAGCAGCUCAUGGCUGCCUUAAACCAGAUGUUUGACAACAGCAAGGAAAAUGAAAUGGAGACUUGUGAAGCCAGCAGGAGGUGGCUGGACCAGAUUGCAAAUGCUGGUGUGCUUUUUCACUUCCAGUCACUUCUGUCACCAAAUUUGAAAGAUGAACAAGCCAUGCUUGAGGAUACACUGGUUGCCCUGUUUGAUUUGGAAAAAGUUUCCUUCUUCUUCAAACCAUCAGAAGAGGAUCCACUGGUUGCAAAUGUCCCUCUUACCUACCAAGUGGAAGGAAGCAGGCAGGCUCUGAAAGUUUACUUCUACAUGGAUAGUUACCAUUUUGAGCAGCUGCCCCAACGGUUGAAGAAUGGAGGAGGGUUUAAAAUUCAUCCUGUUCUCUUUUCACAAGCAUUGGAGAGUAUGGAAGGAUAUUGCUAUAGAGACAACAUCUCUGUGGAAGAGUUUCAAGCACAAAUAAACACAGCCUCCCUGGAAAAGGUCAAACAGUACAAUCAGAAGCUCAGGGCAUUCUACUUGGACAAGUCAAAUUCCCCACCGAAUACCACAUCUAAAGCUGCCUACAUAGAUAAGCUCAUGAAGCCUCUCAAUGCUUUAGAUGAACUUUACCGGCUGAUCACCUCAUUUAUCAGAUCCAAACGCAUCGCUGCCUGUGUGAACACACCUUGCAGCGCCUCUGGAGUCGGACUGCUGUCAGUUUCUUCAGAGCUGUGUGACAGGCUCGGUGCCUGUCACAUCAUCAUGUGCAGCAGUGGUGUGCACCGGUGCACCCUGAGUGUGACACUAGAGCAAACCAUCACUUUAGCAAGAAGCCAUGGGCUCCCUCCUCGGUACAUUAUGCAGGCCAUGGAUGUGAUGAGAAAGCAGGGUGCAAGAGUUCAGAACACAGCUAAAAACUUGGGCGUUAGAGACCGGACUCCUCAGUCAGCUCCAAGGCUGUACAAGCUCUGCGAGCCACCACCUCCAGUAGGAGAAGAAUGAGCAUUCCACGUGCCAUGGGACAGAUGCUUCCAGAUGCUGCCCAAAUUAACAUUCUCCACCGAAGACAAAGAGAUGCAAAUUAAAGAUUUAAAGUUUUCCCAUGAUGUAAAUAACUGAUGUUUGGUUUGGACAUUUAUGCUGGAACUAGAAGUUCCUUCAGACAGUUCAGCCUUACACUCUAUACAUUAAGAAUACAGAUUCACAUUAGGGCAAAAUUCACUUCUCGUAUUUGUAGAAAAAUAUACAGAGAUAAAAGAUUAACUAUUUUGGUUCCUUUCUCAUUCAUUAAUUAUAUUGUAUUUGUGUUUAGCUUCCCCAAUGGACAGAUAUUAUACUUGAUAGUUUUUCUUGAAGAAGUCUGUCCUAAAAAUGAUGACCACACUCUGGAAACAAUCAUACAGAAACGUUAAGGACAGUGUAGAUGAGGAGUUACAGGUGUCCCAUAUACCACUUGAGUCACCAAGAAAGGCGCAUAUGAGAGGUAGGGAAGUACCUGCCUCCCUUUCUUCUUGGGCUUCCUGGUAACAAAGAGAGCUCAGAGGUUCUGGCAAGACUUUUUCCCUUUUGUUAUGUCUAGUCUCUGGUCUUGUAAACACUCCAGUAGGCAGGUGCUUUUCUUGAUCUUUCCAAUGAGCCAUGAGUGCUGCGUGAUGGACCACUGAUGGCGGUGGGUAGGAAGUUGCUAGGUUGGAGAGAGAGGAGUGAAUGAGGAUGGAAAAUAAUACAUGUAUUGACCACUCACCCCUUGCCAGAGAAAGAUAAAUUCUUAAUUAUAUGAAGUCUUACUAUGAAAUGUCAGACUGUUAAAAUAACACACCUUCCUGAGAAUUUUUCUAUCAAGUUAUAUGUGUAAGAUAUGAAAAUAGAUUUAUUUGUUGUACUUCAAAAGGUCAUUAGAGAAAAACUUUGAUAAUUUAUGGAACCAAGGUAUAGACUGUAUUCAUUCUAAAGUAUAUGCAAUAUUUAUCACUUCUGUGUUAAUAUACUAAAAUUAUUUUAGCACAUAAAUAUAUUAAUAUUGGUUUUAAAUAUAUAUCUUUACAAAUAAUUAAAACAGCAUCACUGUGAUUAUGAUAGUUGUGCUUUGUUUAAUGACAGGAAUAAAUUGUGCCUUUAGGUGAUAUUAUCAUCGUAUAAAUGUCAUGGGGUGUACUUACACAAGCUGAGAUGACUGUGGCCUCAGACACUAUGACCUAUGGAACCACUUCCUAUAGGCUGUGCAUCACUGGCCCAAAGACCUCUAACAGCACAGAACUGUGUGUGGAUAUGGGCUAAGCACAUGAAUUCCUUACUUUAACUACAGGUUUGGCAAACCAUUAUUCAGCUUUACUUUAUAAAUCUCAUAAUGAAUUUCAGACUAUCAUUAAAAGCUAUCAUUACUGCCAGUGAUAUAUUGAAUUUAAAAGUGUGCUUCAAAGGUAUGGGAUACAUAUAUCCUACAAGUUAAGAGUGAAAAUUAUUCAUCACAGAGUACAUAAGAUUUUUCAGUAAAUCUAUUUGUGACUAAUCAUAGAGAAACCAACAUUAGUUUCUAAAAAAAAGCCUUAGCAUUUUGAAUUUAAUAAAGAUAUGACCUACGUUUGCAUAUAUGUGACAUACAUCCAUAACUUUCAGGAUUAAUAUUUUUGCUAUCAUCAGCAUAUAAGUGUGAAGCUCUGGUAGUUCAGGCUGCCUUCUCUGAAAGUCUUGAGCGUAAGGAGAGCUGAUUGCCCGACUAGGCAGACCCUUCACACUGCUUUACUCUUCUGUGUUCACCAGCCUCACUAAGUCUCCAUAGAGGAACAGAAGGGCUACGAAGCAAGCUUAUUUUAUUUUUUCUCAUUAAACUUGUUUUAAUGGUCUCAAAAUUCUGUGACAGAUUUUUGGUCAAGUUGUUUCCAUUAAAAAAAUACUGAUUUUGAAAACUAAUAACUUAAAACUGCCAUACACACACACACACACACACACACACACACACACACACACACACACACACACAAAUGGUCCACAAAACAUUCUUUCCUUCUGAAGGUUUUAUGAUUAUAUUGCCUGGGCAUAUUAUCUGCUUUUUCAGUAUUUAUAAAUUAGUGUAUUUUAAGGAUCCAGUCUAUAUAACAGAAUGUGGUUAAUGUUAUCAUUUUUGUUAAACAUAUUAUUUGUGUACACAGCACUUACAAACUAUAAAGCUUGCUAGUGUUUUAUAGUAACGUCUAUCACUGUCAUAUUUUUUCAUAGUAAAAUCAUAGCUGACAUGGUUUAGUGUAUUCUAAAUGGCACCUUUAAUUACCUAGCCCACGUUUUGAUAUUCCUCCUUCACAUAGCCUUGUAGCAGGGAUGAAAGCUGACCUUGUCUUAUUACCUGUACUUCACAGUUCUGCUAAGCAAAUACUAACCCAGUGACUUGCACAAGUCCACUUGAUGAACAUGGGGGAGUCCGAAGUUAAUGGUUAAAACCUGUCUUAAGGAUUGCACUGCCUUUAUCUGUUGUAUGAGUACCAUUAUAAUAUUAAUAAUUAUUUUCUGACUAAAGUUGGAGUUUUAUGACAUGUAUUGUCAUUUAAUUUAUAUGGAAGAUGUUGCAAAGUCCAGUGGGAAUAUGCAGAAUGCCUUUAAAGUGCAAGAACUAUUUUCUUGGCAUUUUCCAUUCAUAACUGAAGAGGAUCCACAUGUAUUGCAAGCCAGGAGUAGGACAUUAUAUAAAAUUUGACUAUAAUUUUAAAAGUGUUAACACUUAAAAACCUUUGAUAGAUGAGUAAUCAUUUUCAAUACCAUAAUAUACACAUUCUUUUGACAUUGGAAUUUUACAGGCCUUGGGAGUUUAGAACUUUAAUGUUGCACUAUCCUCUGCAACUGGGGAUUAUUGAUAAGCUAAGGAAAACACUGCUUACUGUUCUUACAACUUCUAUAUGUGGACAUAGAUUCCUGUCUACCCAUUGAGAGAUUUCAGAUCUUAUGGGGACAGAAUCAUAUUUACUAUCUUACAGAUUUUCUCAUUCGUUUUAAACAUUACAAAUUUAAUUUUGUAAAAAUAUGAGAAUUUAAGGGCUGAAAAUAUGAGAGAAAGACAGACAGAGGAUGACAAUUUCUGGUCCAGGUUUACUUGGCAGAAUAUGUAAAUGCUGGGUUUCUACUGCAUGCUCUCUCCUGGAAACCAGAAUCCUCAUCUUUAGGAGCAUGCUACUUUCUUUCCUUUUAACAGAAGUUUUCUGAUGUCUUCAAUCCCCUGUGUAUUCAUUUGGCUCCUCUUCUUGCUACAAGAUGUUCAAUUAAACAGGAAGGUAGAGCUGGGAAUGUGGCACAGUGGUUGAGUGCUUGCCUAGCACAUGUGAAGCCAUGUUAAAAUAUAUUGGCUCUCCUUUAAACCAAUGGUGGCUCACACCUGUAAUCCCAGUACUUGGAGAGUCAGUAGGAUUUUCAGGAGUUCAAGGGAAGCUUGAGAUAAAUAUGAAUGUGAGGCCAGUCUAAACUACAGUGGGAGACAUGGCCCAUGAAGGAAACAAAGAUACUACAGUGUGUGUUACAUGGGGUUGGUGCUAUUUCUGGCUCUAUUAAUUUUAACUUUGAAUAGCUCAAUUCAGAAAGAAAUGAAGUUGAUCCUAUGUUAACUUUAAUGGUGAAGAAAAUCAAUGAGAAAGAAAUUCAAGAGGAAGUAUUAGCUAACUUAAGCAAAAAAUAUCCUGCAGUAAGCACAUAGAUUUUAUAGGCAAGGUUAUUUAAAGCAAAUAAGUUUCUAUCUCAAGCUAUCAAGUAUUCUUACACAGUCCAAGCAUCUGUAGUCAUCACAUCUAAGCAGGUGUUUUCUCAGGCAUUUGGAUUUCUAUAGAAUCAUAGUAUUAAAAUUUCAAAGUAAUAACAUUGCUUUUUAAGUUAUUUGUCCUUUUAAAAAAAUUUUGAAAGUAAUUCUGGAAAUAUACCCUACUGGUAUUCCAGUCAAACUACUAAAGCUUUGUAUCUGACUGAACUGCUUCUAAAUUUUAGGAACUUUCUUUUUUAAAGUCUGUUUUUAUGUGAGUGUUCCUGUGAAACUGAGGUCUGAUGACUCUUCCUUAAGCAAUUACAACUUCAUUAGCAUACAUAAGGUUCAAUUAAAUAAGAAACACUGUAUAUUUGUGUGUUUAAAGUCUUAUAGGAGAGCCUCAGGAAAAUCUUUAUUCUGAAGAACUAGCAGGGUAAAUGUAAGAGGCACCAUUGCAAGAAUGGCCUCAGCAUAGUAGUUUUACAAAAUGGCCACCAUUUUACUAGGUGCUGCAAUUCCAUGUUGGUGAUAGUGGUUAAUACUUGGUUCCAGAAUCAUUGGAUACUUUAAUGAUUUGCCAUUGUCACUGUUGUUAACAUUCCUGUUGCUGAGCACCCCUGGCAUGUCUAUUAAAGUACAGUUAGUCUGUGUGACUCUCAGUGGUGACCUAGUGAGAAAUCUGACUCACUCAGAACAGUUUAUUCUCUUAAUGGGUUAGGUUCUGAAAUCUGCUAAGUCUGCUAAUGAUAUACAGAUGUGAGUGUGUAUGUGUGUGUAUGUUCUCUUAUAACAUAAACCACUUUUUAGUUUUGUAAACAUUAAUAAUAAACAUUAGAUUUUGGUUUCUUCAUUGUAUGGAAAUAUGAGACAUGUAUUUUAUAGAUGAACUAUAUGAUGUCUGCUGUAAACAAAGGUGCUGCCUGUGUCAUGGGUGGACUUGUUGGCUGUCCUUUGUUCACUGAUGUUCAUCUGUUAUUUGUAUGAUCCAGUUUGGUUUCUGAUUUGUCUUGUUUGUCAUCACUGUGACAAAUCAUCUGAGAUAAUUAAGUUACAAAGACAAAAGGUUUAUUUUGGCUCAAAGUGUUGGAGAUUCUAUUCCACAAUCAACUGAAGUCUGUGGUUGGGCCUGUCAUGAAGUAGCAAGUAGUGUCAUGACAGAGGAAGAGAGCAGGACACAACUCCUUUGCUCAUUAGCCACAUCACAAAGUAAGAGACAUUGGCCCCACAGUCUUUCAAAGGCAGCCUUCAACAGACACAGAACCACCCAUUGGCCUCCAUCUUUCAGAUGCUUUACCACCUCCCAAUAGCACUAUUCUGGAGAUCAAGCCCUUAAUACAGGGACCUUUGGGAGACACACCAGGGUCCAAACUAAAUCACUAUCCAGUCAAUCUCAAAUCUGCUUUUCUGGUUUACCAUUAAGAAUUAGCUUACAGUGGACAUAAUUGCUGAAUUUUUAAAUGAUUGUUACUAGAAAUACUGGUAAUAACAGAAAUAACAAAGAUUGGGAAAUUAAUUUUAGGCACAGACAAUGAUAACUAUUAUCCAUUCAUAUAAUCAGCAAAUGUUUUGAAAUUCACUUAAUAAGACUCAACCAGAAUUGAGUAUAUUGGAUAGAUUUAAAUAAAAAAGAUUGUCAUAGGGUCUCUGUAUUCCUAUAUAUACAAAGGUAACUUGUAUCUUUUACUUAAAAAUUAUAUUAUUAACAAGGUAAAUAUAUCCUAAUACUAUGUGUUUAUUAUAUACUAUAUAGUCAAGAAUACUAAGUUGUAGAAAUAUUUAGAAAGCAUACCUUUGAAUUUAAGUAUCUAAUGCCUCAAGCAAAUCUGCUAGUUUCAGAAGAAUAUAUAUUUUUGUAACUGCAAGAAUAUGAGUAGAUCAUAGCUUUUGCUUAAAAUAUUUUUGUAAGCAUUCAUUUACACAUACUCAUUUUAAUAGUAAAAUAUUAAACUGAUUCUGUAAAAGAACCUGUUUUGACUAUGUCUAUAUUUAAUAUUAUGUAAUAUCCAAAAUUCAAUAAAUUUCAUCUGAAUGUA